AUGGAGUAAGAUUUUAUUAGAAUUAUUAGAGUUAAAGAUUUUGAUAUAAGUUAUAACAAUUCAUACCAAUAUAAUAGCGAUAGAGAAGAGAAUAAUAAGGGUGAAUAUAUUUCCACUUUUACUUUUCAAGUUAGGUUAGAAAAAAUAAAAUCGACAAUUUUUUUUUCAGGAAUUAGAAUUAAGAUCAGGGAGAAUAGGAAUUUUAUAGUAAGAAUGAAUGCUAAUAUUUAAUAGAUUUUUCCUAAUAAAGGAUAAUGCCUUAGAUAAACUAUUGAGGAAUUCUACUGUAAGUUGUAUAUCAUUCGAGGAGUCAAAUUUUGAGUGGUGAAUAUUGGAUAUGUAAGGAG